GUUAUCUGUCUUGGUUUUUUAUUUUUUCCCUUCCACUUUGUUUUGAGUCUCUCACACAUUUUCCCUUAAGAUUUUAAUUUGAUUUCACAAAUGUUUUUCUAAUGGAUUGAACUUGUUGGAAACAAGUUUGAAAAUGCUGGCCAAGGGAUCUCGUCACUUGACGUUGUUGCGAAUUUGAGAAAGUUCAUUCUCAUUGGAUAAAAGUGGAGGGAGGAGAAAAGGGGGUAACGUAAAAGAUAAUGACGCGCCCUUUGACUUUCCUGUUCUUGGUAUCCUGUUUUACCUUCGUCAACGCUCGUACGUAUUUGAACGUGUCAGGUGAUAUUCUUUUAGGUGCCCUAUUUCCAAUCCACGGUAAGGGUAUCUCAGGUGAAAAUUGCGGAAAAAUUAGGCUCGAGGAUGGAAUUCAACCAUUGGAAGCAAUGCUUUACACGCUUCAACAAAUCAAUCAGGAUCCUAACAUUCUACCGGGUGUUCGUCUUGGUGCUGUGGCAUUUGAUAGCUGCGACAAUCCCAAUUAUGCGCUCGAACAAGCCUUGAAUUUCGUCAAAGGAUUCAUCGCUCACUCGAAUGAAUUUCACGUUCAAGAAUACGAGUGUAGAGAUAAAAGCGUACCAAAGUUUUCGAAGGGUGGAUUCGACAAAAUUGUUGCUGUGUUGGCAGACCAGUCGAGCUCGGUCACCAUACAGGUGGCCUCCAUGUUGAAAUUGUUUUCAGUACCACAAGUAUCGUAUAUGGCAACGUCACCAACACUCAGUAAUAAAAAAAUGUUCCCACACUUUUUCCGUACUAUACCAAGUGACCUAAAUCAAGCACACGCUAUGCUGGAAAUUCUCAAGAAAUUCGAGUGGACGUACGUUUCGGUGGUUUAUUCGGAUACAGAGUAUGGUAAUCAUGGUUACGAAACACUGAUUUUUCUUGCUAGCUAUUAUAACAUUUGCUUUAGUGCACCACAAAUGAUUGACAAGGAACACUUUAAAGUUGAGGAUUAUGACGAUGUUAUUCGUACGAUUGCCAGUAAAACUGAUGUUAGAGUGGUUGUACUUUUUGCGGAAAAAUCAACGACCCUUUGCGUAUUGGAAGCAGCAAAACGAUUAGGUGUUGGUACAAGAUUCGUUUGGAUUGGUAGUGAUUCCUGGUCUAGUUCGAAUCAUCGAGAUUUUGCUGAUCUUGAUUCAAGUCGUAUGGAUCAAGAAAUGGCAGUCUUGGAAGGUGCUUUAGUUGUCCAACCACUUUCAAGACAAUUGUCAGGUUUCGAUAAAUAUUUCACCAGUUUGACAUUGGAACACGAGAAAAUAAAUCCAUGGUUUAAUGAAUUUUGGCGAGAAUAUCAUCGUUGUGGAAAUAAUGAAACUCAGUAUAACAACAUUACAAACGAGGAUUCAUACGUUUCCUGUCUUGAUUCUAAUUUGAAAAUAAAUCGUUCGACUGGAUACAAGCAACAAAAGUUUUUACAUUUCGUUAGGGAUGCCAUUUAUUCCGUGGCUUAUGGGCUUCACGAUAUGCAACAAGAAAAAUGUGGAACAAAUUAUUCGGGAAUUUGUCCUGAAAUGAGACACAUCGAUGGGAUUGAUCUAACGAAAUACAUUCAAAAUGUUUCUUUCAAAGAUGACGCAGGAAAUAAAUUCCGAUUUAUGGAUGGUACCGAUGGUCCACCAAGAUAUUCUAUUUUAAAUUAUCAAAAAAAUGACGACGGAGCUUAUCGUUGGGUGGUAAUUGGUAAUUACACAGAAGACGACGACAGAACCCCAUCAUUGUAUAUAGAAACAAAACUUAUGAAGUAUCGAAAUCAAACGGAAGGUGGUAGAAUGAAUUUUCCUAAUUCAACCUGUUCAAAACCAUGCGAAUCAAAUCAGGUGAUUGUUCCUGAGAAACAGGAUUAUUGUUGCUGGAAGUGUCGAAAAUGUGGACUUUAUCAAUACAAAGUGGAUGAACACAGGUGUGAGGAUUGUCCUUCAGGUACUCGACCAACGGAAGAUGCCAAGCAUUGUGAUCCAAUUCCGGAAGAAUAUAUUGAUUAUUAUAAUCCUUGGGCUAUUGUUGCUAUGGUGGUUGCUACUAUUGGUAUAAUAUUAACCGUUUACGUAUGGUUCGUAUUUCGAAUUUAUGGUAAAACUCCAGUGAUCAAAGCAUCAGGUCGUGAAUUGUCUUCCUUAUUAUUACUAAGUAUCCUAGCUUCAUUUCUAAUGACUUUUGCCAUAGUGGUUGAACCAAAAACUGAGACAUGCGCUAUCACCAGAUUUGGUAUUGGUUUUUGUUAUACAUUGUGUUAUGCAGCUUUAGUGACCAAGACUAAUAGGAUACAUAGAAUAUUUAAUAAUAUUUCACACAGUCCACGUAAAUCGAGAUACACAAGUCCUAAAUCUCAAUUGUUAAUAACGGGAAUAUUGAUAAUUCUUGAAAUAAUAGUUAAUAUUACGUGGCUUGUAACCGUACCACCGAGGGUAACACAUAUUUAUCCAACGAGAGAUACGAGAUUAAGAAUAUGUCAAGGCCUCGAUGAUACAUCGUAUAUGGUUAGCCUAAUCUAUCCUUUCGUACUUAUAGUAAUAUGCACCAUUUAUGCUAUAAAGACGAGAAAAUGUCCAGAGGGUUUUAACGAGACCAAACAUAUAGCAUUUACAAAUUACACGACAAUGGUUCUGUGGUUGGCAUUCGUACCACUUUAUCUUGUAUCAAGCAGCAAUGCAAUAAGGGUUGUAACCUUGGCAUUAUCAUUGUCCCUUAGUGGUUUAGUUCAACUUGCCUGUCUCUUCUUCCCUAAGAUCUAUAUUGUACUGAUAAAACCGGAGAAGAACACAAAGGAAUUGGUUAUGGCACAACAUAGAAGUUCCUCUUAUUUACCGACACCUGCAACCCCUGUCGUAGCAUUAAACGGUAAUCCAUUUGUGUUUCAUACCACGGAACAGAAACCAUGACCCUUGGAAUUGUCCGAAAACUCUGGCGAAUGGUAGAAUUCCAAUUAAUAAUUCGAAACAAUGAAGAAGCUUUUCAACCGUGCUUUAAUUGAAUAAUAAUAAUAAUCAUACAUACAUAUUUUAAUAUCAUUUCUCUUUACUGGCGUUUUCUGUAUACGUUUAAAUAAUUUUACGUAAUAUUAAACGCUUAAACGUAGCUCUUACAACUUAUUUUUUUGUCUUUUUUUUAUCAAUACAAGUAUCGUUUUAUUAUUUUAAACAAUUCAUUGAAAUAUGCGUAUUGUUGUUGGUAGUUUUAAUCAUCGAUUGAAUAAGCACGCUGUUAAUGUUCAAAUUUGGAUGACAGUCAUUUUGGAUAUAUAUAUAUAUAUAUAAAAAAAAAGAACAUUCAAUUGACGAGGUUUAUUAAAACGCCUAAGAGAAAUAUUUUGAUCCUUUAAUUAUAGGAUUAAAUAAUAAUAAUAAUAAUAAUAAAACCAUCGACUAUACAUAUCGUUAUAAUUAAGGUAAUACUUAGAGUGGUAUAAAUUUAAUCGACAAAAUAUAAUUAAACAUCGUAUGAACCACGAGUAAUUAUGAAAUCUUUUUUAAUUACAUCAAACUUUUGAGCUACGUAAUAUCUGAUUUAUGAUGAUGAAUCCGAUAAGAUGAUAAUGAUAAUACACAUUAUGCAAUUAGACCAAUCCGAUUCUUUGGUUCCUGUGAUGAGAGUGAUACUAUAUUUACGAUAACAAUCUCAAACAUAUCGAACUUGAUCUUGAUCAACUCACACACACACACAUAGAUAUUUAUUUAAAUUCCUUCAUUAUGCGAUUUAUAUAUCGAAUAGUUAAUUAAUUAAUUAAUUAACGCACAGUCCGAUUAUAUAUUACCGUAAGCAGUCAACUAUUUUAAACAAAAUGUUUCUAACCGAUUAUGAAUAGAAUGCAUUGUCUAGAUCAAUGUUUCUCAAUCUGUAAUCUGCAGAACAAAUAUAAUUGGUCAUCAAAAUAUAAUUAUC